CCUGGAUGCUCUACAAAAGGCAGAGCCUAGGACGGAGGAUCUCAAGUCUCAGCUAAAUGAACUUUGCCGAUUUUCCAGAGACCUGAGCAGAUACAGUGGGAAAGUCUCAGGCUUGAUUAAAGAAUAUAAUUGGAGUUUUUGUCAGAAAGUGAAAACGGACAGCAUAAGCUAAACGUGAUGCUGUCCAAAGCAGAGCUUCUGAGUUCCCUGCUGACCAGAGAGAAAGCAGAAGGGGUCCAGGCCAAAGUCACAAUGGCAAAAGAAGACUGGAAGAAUUUUCACUCGAAUCUCCACCAGAAGGAAUCAGCCUUGGAGAAUCUGAAGAUCCAGAUGAAGGACUUUGAAGUCAGUGUGGAGCCUGUGCAGAGCUGGUUGAGUAAAACGGAGAAGCUGGUGCAGGAAAGCAGCAAUCGCCUGUAUGACAUGGCAGCCAAGAGGAGAGAGCAGCAGAAGCUCCAGUCUGUCCUGGAGGAAAUUCAGUACUACGAGCCUCAGCUCCACAGGCUGAAAGAGAAAGCUCGGCAGCUGUGGGAAGGACAAGCUGCCAGCAAGAGCUUUGUGCACAGAGUGUCGCAGCUGUCUUCUCAGUAUCUAGCGCUAAGCAAUGUAACCAAGGAGAAAGUGUCCAGGCUGGACAGGAUUGUUGCUGAGCACAAUCAGUUCUCCCUCGGAAUUAAAGACCUGCAGGACUGGAUGACAGAUGCAGUCCACAUGCUGGAUUCCUACUGCCUCCCCACAUCCGACAAAAGCGUACUGGACAGCAGGAUGCUCAAGCUCGAGGCUCUGUUGUCAGUGAAGCAAGAAAAAGAGAUUCAGAUGAAAAUGAUAGUGAGCCGGGGGGAGUAUGUCCUGCAGAACACUGCUCCAGAAGGCAUGCCGUUCAACAGCAGCUACAGGCUGUGAAGGAGAUGUGGGCAUCGCUGCUGUCUGCGGCGAUCCAGUGUAAGAGUCAGCUUGAAGGAGCUCUCUCCAAGUGGACAAGUUACCAGGAUGAUGUGCAGCAGUUCUCCAGUUGGAUGGACACUAUGGAAAACAGCCUGAACGAAUCCGAGAGACAGCACACGGAGCUGCAGGAGAGAGUGACUGCUCUCAGGAAAGCCAAGUGCUGGAUGAUAAACCCAAGGUCUUGUACUUGCAAGACAGACACUGAAAUACUGAACUGCAUCCAGGCCCUGCCUUACUAUAUUUAUGCAUUUUACAUGUCCCUCUGUUACUGUAUUACCGCAUGGAAAGGUUUUAA